GGCGUGGCCGAGGUAGUUUCCACCUCUCGUGGGUCAUCUUCCAUUUGGCAUUGGCUUGAACGAUCCGACUGCGACGUGAUCGAGGCCUUAGGAGAGCUUCGCUGAGAACUUCCAUCUGCGUCCCGAAAUCCAAGAGGGCACGGUCGAGAUUUCAACAUGAACCCAAACGCUCGGUCCUUCAACUUCAACCCCAACUCCUCGGGCUUCGUCCCCCCUGGCCAGCAUCAGCAGCAAGGUCAGCCACACCCGCAGGGUGGCUACGAUCAGCAGGGCUUCACUGGCCCCGGUGCGGGUGCUCCGGGCUACGGCGCUGGUGGCUAUGGCGCUGGCUACGGAGGAUAUGCUGCAGGCGGCUUCACUGAGCAAGGCGGCUACUACCCGAACGCUGGCCAGCAGGCGUACACGCAGAGUGGCUUUGACCAGGGUAGACUCCCUGCGCAUCGGCAAGCACAGGCUGCGCCACCACAGCAGCAGCAGCAACCGCAAGCUCCGGGGGCGAGCUCGCUGCCAACCAAGCCGGGCAUGGGUCAGACAGACCGCAAGCCCGUCUCCAUCUCAAUCGGUGGCGGCUCGUCUUUAGCAGCAGCUCCCAAAAAGGAAGAAUCCCCACGCAAGCCGGUCAGCAUCAGCAUCGGGGGAGGUAGCAGUGCAAGUAAGGAAGAGCCUACUGUCCAGACGGCGGCGGCAAAGCAAGAGGAGGCAAAGCCCGCGCCGCCUAAGGCAGUUUCUUCCAUCAAGGCAGAGGAAGGCGUUACGGACGCUUGGGACGCAGAGCCUUCGUCUUCUAUUCCUGCAACCGAUUCGACACCCGCUGCUGCUGCCGCUGCAUUGCCAAGUAAGGGCUCCACCGAUGCAUCCGCCCCGGCCUCCCGUUCAGAGUCGCCGACGCCAGGCUUGGCCUCCAAGGGUGGCAUGAGUGCACGACAAAAGGCCAAGGUAGACGAUAAGGUGCAAAAGGCCCAUAUGGACGCCGACAAAGUCCUUGCAGAGACAAAGAAGCUGACUGAUGAGGAAACGCUCAAGGACCUGUUCGGAGAGCAAGCCGAUAGCAUGAAGUCACACUUGAAUGUUGUCUUCAUUGGCCAUGUCGAUGCCGGAAAGUCUACGAUGGGUGGCAACUUGCUCUACCUGACCGGCAUGGUUGACAAGCGAACUUUGGAGAAGUACGAGAAAGACGCCAAGGAAGCUGGGAGAGAGUCGUGGUACCUGAGCUGGGCCCUCGACUCGACGCCUCAGGAGCGAGAGAAGGGAAAGACAGUUGAGGUCGGAAGGGCCUACUUUGAAACAGGAAAGAGGAGGUACACCAUUCUCGAUGCUCCAGGGCACAAGAGUUACGUGCCGAGUAUGAUCAGUGGCGCUGCUCAGGCAGACGUUGCUAUUCUGGUCAUCUCGGCGCGAAAGGGAGAGUUCGAGACCGGCUUCGAGCGAGGUGGUCAGACGAGAGAGCACGCGAUGCUCGUCAAGACAGCCGGUGUGCAGCGUUUGAUCGUUGUGGUCAACAAAAUGGACGAGCCAACUGUCAAGUGGGAGAAAGCGCGAUACGAUGAGAUCGUCGGAAAGCUGUCACCAUUUUUGCGCAGCGCAGGCUUCGCUCCCAAGGACGUGUCUUACAUCCCUGUCUCAGCGUUUGCGGGACAGAAUCUCAAGGAACCUGUGCCUCGCGAGGUGUGCAGCUGGUACGACGGCGAACCGCUGCUCACGUUCCUCGACAACCUCGAGCUUGGCGACCGCAAGAUCUCCGAACCGCUCAAGAUGCCCAUCAGCGAAAAGUACAACGAUAUGGGUACUGUCAUUGUCGGCAAGCUCGAGAGUGGCAAAGUGCGUAAAGGUGACACACUCAUCCUCAUGCCGAACAAGACGCAGAUCGAAGUUGUCGGCAUCUUUAACGAAGUCGAAGAGGAAGUUGUCGCCGCGGUCUCGGGUGACAAUGUCCGUAUCAAGAUCAAGGGCAUCGACCACGAGGAUGUUAGCGUCGGCUUUGUUUUAACGGACACCAAAAGCCCAGUGCACGUCGUUACCAAGUUUGAGGCCCAGCUGGCCAUCCUAGAGCACAGAAACAUCAUCUGCCCAGGUUAUUCGGCUGUCAUGCAUGUUCACACCCUUUCCGAGGAAGUUAACCUGAUCCAGCUGUUGCACUACUAUGAUAAGAAGACGGGCAAGAAGAGCAAGAAGCCACCUCAAUUUGCGAAGAAAGGCAUGAAGGUUGUCGCCCUGAUUGAAACGACAGCACCAGUGUGCCUUGAAAAAUUCAGCGAACACCCGCAACUUGGCCGCUUCACGUUGCGAGACGAAGGGCGGACUGUCGCCAUCGGUCGGGUUACGAAGCUGCGCAUGAACGAGGAGGCACCAGAUGUGAGCAAGCUCACUUUGGACGGAGCGGCUUAAGUUCCAUGCCGACACGUCGACUGGCCAUUUCAUUUGUACCCUCGCAAACAUUUUCACGCAUGAGUGCGCAAAUGCAAUGGCUUAGAUGAUGAUAUUGCACAAUGC